CAGAAACACACAGUUGUCCACUAUAAACUGGUGUAGUGUCAGGAAGACAAAGAGUGAGGCUGAUCUGAGAGGAAGCUGCAGAAGCACAGGAAGAGCUGCUGCUGUUUAAACAAGAGCUCAACAUAUAUAUAUAUAUAUAUAUAUAUAUAUAUAUAUAAAGCAGAAGACGAGUGUCAGACACACAGAAUGGCUGAUAGGAGUCCUCUGUUUCUGCUGCUCAUCUUCUGGACACUCAGCACAGGUGUGUUUGGAGCAGGAGAGACUCAUGUGUUCAGCAGAUCUGGAGAAACUGUUCAUCUGCCCUGUAGAAACACUGAUCAACACUGCAGCACAUCAGGAACUACAUGGCUCUACAACAGUGGCAGACAGACCGUUGUGCUGAUUAUUUUAGGAGUAAAACAGACAAACUCAGAGAGACUGAAUCUGGGCUCUGACUGCUCUCUGACCAUCAGUAGAGUCACAACAGGAGAUGCUGGACUUUACAUCUGCACACAGCGUAGAGGAGACCAGAAACAAGGACCUGAUUCAGUUGUGUUUCUGCAUGUUGUUGCUGUUUCAGUCUCUCCAUCAUCAUCAUCAUCAUCAUCAUCUUCAUCUGAUAUUGGUCCGGGUCUCUCUCUGACUCUCUCCUGUCGGCUGUUCAUAUAUUCUGGAUUCUCCUGUGGUGAUUUGUUCAGAUUAGUGGAUCUUCAUCUGUCCUGGGUGAAUGAGGCUGGUGUUGAUCUGAACACAGACUCCAGAUAUCAGAUCUCUUCUACAGGCUGUAUCAUCAGUCUGUCUACAACACUCAUCAGUGAAGAUGAAGAUAAACAGUGGAGAUGUGGAGUCUAUCAGAGAAAUCAACUGAAGACCUCAGACACGUUUACUGUCCACUAUUCAGCUCCAGAUCUCACAGCUAAAGCAGAGCCGACACCACAGACUGAAACAGCAGCAGACACAACUGAAGCUGGAGCUCAAACAGCAGCAGCAGAGACUCCAGACCACAGCACAAACUCCACUUCUAUAACAGCUAAAGCUGAAGCAGAGACAUUCUGUGUGAUUAAACAGCAGUGACUCCAGCGCUCUUCACAACACCAGCAGCAGCUUCAGCUCAGUCUACACACUCCUCUGCUCUUCUCUCCUGCACUGUACACAGAUAUCACACACAUGGGGAAUGUAGCCCUUUAUUUGUUUUAAAUAUUUUCUUUGUUUUAGCUUAGAUCCCUGUCAAUUUUACACUGUUGUUUUAUUUUGCACUGUCUGGAGUCAGCACCUGCGCUUUUCACUCAUCAUAUACACGUGCUGCUGAUGAUGUGACAAUACAAGUGAUUUGAUUUGUAGAGUUGGAGAAUCAUUGAUCCAUUAAAGAUCAUUAAAGAUCA